AUGGCCCUAUCGUUCUGUGGAAACAACAAGACCCUCACUCCCUACAGUGUGGAACAGGGCGUCCUCAACAAUGGCUGCUUUGUGGACGCUCUCAACCUGGUUCCUCAUGUUUUCCUGCUCUUCAUCACCUUCCCCAUCCUCUUCAUCGGUUGGGGCAGUCAGAGCUCCAAGGUUCAGAUCCAUCACAACACGUGGCUCCACUUCCCCGGACACAACAUGCGCUGGAUCCUCACCUUCCUGCUGCUCUUCGUCCACGUGUGCGAGUUCGCCGAGGGGAUCGUCUCCAGCAAGGUGAUGGAUAGCAAUCAGCUCCACCUCUUCAUGCCAGCGUUCAUGGGCUUCGUGGCGGCCACGACCUCGGUGGUUUACUACCACAACAUCGAGACGUCCAACUUCCCCAAGCUGCUGCUGGUGCUGUUCAUCUACUGGGUGCUGGCGUUCAUCACCAAGUCCAUCAAGCUGUGGAAGUACACGGCGUUCUACGUGGGGCCGCAGCACCUCCGCUUCUGCAUCACGGCGCUGCUGGUCGUCCUGUACGGACUCCUGAUGGCCGUGGAGAUCAACGUCAUCCGGGUCAGGAAAUACGUCUUCUUUGCCAACCCUCAGAAGGUGAAGCCUCCAGAAGACCUGCAGGAUUUAGGAGUUCGCUUCCUGCAGCCGUUUGUCAACCUGCUGUCAAAGGCCACGUACUGGUGGAUGAAUCCUCUGAUCAUGGGCGCCCACAAGCGGCCCAUCGAGCUGAAGAAGAUCGGGAAGCUGCCCAUCGCCAUGCGAGCGCUCACCAACUACCUGCGACUGAAAGACGCCUACGAAGACCAGAGGACCGCCGAGGACCCCGAGCGAGCGCCGUCCAUCUGGAGGUCCAUGUACCGGGCGUUCGGCCGGCCCAUCCUGCUAAGCAGCACCUUCAGGUACCUGGCCGACCUCCUGGGCUUCGCCGGGCCGCUCUGCAUCUCCGGCAUCGUCAAGUACCUCAACGUGACGAACAACAUCUCAGAGGCGGACAAGAACAAGGGAACGGUCAUGGGCGUGUACUUCAUGUCGACCACGGAGCUGCUGCAGAACAGCUCGGUCCUGGCCGUGCUGCUCUUCCUGGCGCUGGUUCUGCAGAGGACGUUCCUGCAGGCGUCGUACUACGUCACCAUCGAGACGGGCAUCAACCUGCGAGGAGCUCUGCUGGCCAUGAUCUACAACAAGAUCCUUCGCCUGUCCACGUCCAACAUGUCCAUGGGGGAGAUGACUCUGGGGCAGAUCAACAACCUGGUUGCUAUAGAAACCAACCAGCUGAUGUGGUUCCUGUUCCUCUGCCCUAACCUUUGGGCCAUGCCCGUGCAGAUCGUGAUGGGGGUCAUCCUGCUGUACUACCUGCUGGGUCCCAGCGCCCUGGUGGGGGCGUCCGUCAUCGUCCUGCUGGCGCCGGUUCAGUACCUCAUCGCCACCAAGCUGGCGGACACGCAGAAGAGCACUCUGGAACACUCCACGGACCGGCUGAAGAAGACCUCGGAGAUCCUGAAGGGCAUCAAGCUGCUGAAGCUGUACGCCUGGGAGAACAUCUUCUGUGACAGCGUGGAGGAGACCCGAGGCAAAGAGCUGACCAGCCUGAGAACGUUCGCUUUCUUCACCUCCAUGUCCAUCUUCAUGAAUGCUGCGAUCCCCAUCGCCGCCGUCUUGGCGACGUUCGUGAUGCACCACUGUAUCAGCAAGUCCGGCCCCACCCCCUCCGAGGCCUUCGCCGCGCUGGCGCUCUUCCACAUCCUGGUCACGCCGCUCUUCCUGCUGUCCACCGUCGUCCGAUUCGCCGUCAAGGCUCUGGUCAGUGUCCAGAAGCUCAGCGAGUUUCUCCAGAGUGAUGAAAUCGGAGACGACAGCUGGAGAAACGGAGACAUUUUGGUGUCGUUGGAAGCUGGAAAGAAACACGUGGGAAUGACCAAAGCCAUCAACAGGAAGCACCCUAUGCGCUACCAGAUGGACAACUACGAGCAGCCGAGCAGGCGGCAGAUGAGGCCCACGGAGACGGAGGAUGUGGCUGUCAAGGUGACCGGCGGAUCGUUCACGUGGGGAAACAACCUGGUGACGCUGUCCGACAUCAACAUCCGCAUCCCCACAGGUCAGCUCACCAUGAUCGUGGGCCAGGUGGGUUGUGGGAAGUCCUCGCUGCUGCUGGCCAUGCUGGGAGAGAUGCAAGCCGUCGAUGGACGAGUCUACUGGAGCAAGCCACCUGAGUGUGAACCUAGCCACCCGGGCAACAUCAGUUGGUCAGAGACCGAGGCGUCUGACGAAGACAUCAGGAGUAAGAACCGGUACUCUGUGGCGUACGCUGCUCAGAAGUCCUGGCUGCUCAACGCCACGGUGGAGGAGAACAUCACCUUUGGCAGCUCCUUCAACAAACAGAGAUACAAGGCCGUGAUCGACGCCUGCUCGCUGCAGCCCGACAUCGACCUGCUGCCGUUCGGAGACCAGACGGAGAUCGGAGAGAGGGGCAUCAACCUGAGCGGAGGACAGAGACAGAGGAUCUGUGUGGCUCGAGCACUUUACCAGAACACCAACAUCGUGUUUUUGGACGACCCCUUCUCGGCGUUGGACAUCCACCUGAGCGAUCACCUGAUGCAGGAGGGAAUCCUCAAGUUCCUGCAGGACGACAAGCGGACCGUGGUCCUCAUCACCCACAAGCUGCAGUACCUGACCAACGCCGACUGGAUCAUUGCGAUGAAGGACGGUUCCGUUCUCAGAGAGGGAACGCUGAAGGACAUCCAGACUCACGACAUCGAGCUGUACGACCACUGGAAGACUCUGAUGAACCGGCAAGACCAGGACCUGGAGAAGGAUGUGCAGCAGGACAGUCAAACGACGCUGGAGAGGAAGACGCUGAGGAGAGCAUUCUACUCCCGAGAGGCCAAGAACCAAGUAGACGACGAAGACGAAGAGGAAGAGGAGGAGGAGGAAGAGGACGACAACUUAUCGACGACCACCAACAGGCGAUCCAAGAUCCCCUGGAAGGUGUGCUGGCGUUACCUGUCCUCCGGGGGCUUCCUCAUGGUCUUCCUCAUGAUUUCCUCCAAACUGCUCAAACACUCAGUCAUUGUGGCCAUCGAUUACUGGCUGGCCAUAUGGACGUCCACCAAAACCAGUCCGAAAGUGACGUCAGGAGCCGACACUCUCAACGUCACUGUCAGUGUCAACAGCAGCCUCAUCAGUCCGACUCCGGGAGCUGCUGGAAUUUCAGGAGUUACUGGAGGCUCUGACGCUCAGUCGGAUGGUUACUACCUGCCGGUCUUCAUCGUCCUGUGUGCGGCUGGAAUCACUUUGUGCCUCAUCACGUCGCUCACCGUGGAGUUUCUGGGUCUUUCUGCAGCGACGAGCCUCCAUCACAACCUGCUGAACAAGAUCAUCCACGCCCCCAUCAGGUUCUUUGACAUCACUCCUCUGGGUCAGAUCCUCAACAGAUUCUCGGCUGACACCAACAUCAUCGACCAGCACAUCCCUCCCACGCUGGAGUCUCUGACCAGAUCCACACUGCUGUGUUUAUCAGCCAUCGGGGUCAUCGCCUCCAUCACCCCCCUCUUCCUAAUCCCUCUGGUCCCUCUCUGCGUGGCCUUCUACUUCAUCCAGAAGUAUUUCCGGGUCGCCUCAAAGGACCUUCAAGACCUGGAUGACUCCACUCAGCUUCCUCUGCUCUGCCACUUCUCCGAGGCAGCCGAGGGUCUGACCACCAUACGAGCGUUCAGACAUGAGGCUCGGUUCAAGCAGCGCAUGCUGGAGCUGACGGACACCAACAACACAGCGUACCUGUUUCUGUCUGCGGCCAACCGCUGGCUGGAGGUUCGAACGGACUACCUGGGAGCCCUGAUCGUAUUGGCUGUAGCAGGAACCUCCAUCUGGGGCUGGGCCGUUCUGCCGACUGAAGGUCUGGUGGGUCUCGGUCUGACCUACGCCCUGACGGUCACCAACUACCUGAACUGGGUGGUGAGGAACCUGGCAGAUCUGGAGGUUCAGAUGUCGGCCGUGAAGAAAGUCAACAGCUUCCUGAGCACCGAGUCGGAGAACUAUGAAGGCUCAAUGGACGGCUCGCAGGUACCGGAGAACUGGCCCCAGCACGGGGAGAUCAAGAUCCAGGACCUGUGCGUGCGCUACGACCCCAUGCUCAAACCCGUGCUCAAACACGUCAACGCCUUCAUCAAACCGGGCCAGAAGGUGGGAAUCUGCGGCCGCACAGGCAGCGGGAAGUCGUCCCUGUCGUUGGCCUUUUUCAACAUGGUGGAUAUUUUUGAAGGUAAAAUCAUCAUCGACGGAAUCGACAUCUGUAAACUUCCUCUGCCGACGCUGCGCUCCAGGCUCUCCAUCAUCCUGCAGGAUCCCGUCCUGUUCAGCGGCUCCAUCAGGUUCAACCUGGACCCGGAGAGGAUGUGCACUGACGACCGUCUGUGGGAGGCUCUGGAGAUCGCCCAGCUGAAGAACAUGGUGAAGACUCUUCCUGGAGGACUCGAUGCCGUGGUCACCGAAGGCGGCGAGAACUUCAGCGUGGGACAGCGGCAGCUCUUCUGCUUGGCCCGAGCCUUCGUGAGGAAGAGCAGCAUCCUCAUCAUGGACGAAGCCACAGCGUCCAUCGACAUGGCAACGGAAAACAUCCUGCAGAAAGUCGUGAUGACGGCGUUUGCGGACCGAACGGUCGUCACCAUCGCACACCGCGUCCACACCAUCCUGACGGCCGACCUGGUCAUCGUGAUGAAGCGAGGGAAGAUCCUGGAGUACGACACGCCGGGGACGCUGCUGGAGCAGGAGGACGGCAUGUUCGCCUCCUUUGUCAAGGCCGACAUGUAGCCCCGCCCCCUUCUCUACAAGCUCCUGCCUUCUCUCUUUAUGCAGCUUUCACACAAACAAUGGAGAAGGACGCUGAACCUUCACCGUUCUAGCCAGAACAUUAUCAGUUCCUUUUAUUGUCUUUUAAUUUGUCACAGCGUUCCAAGGUUCCUGAGAAGAGAAUCUGACACACAUGAUCAGUAGACACCAGAUCAGUUUUCUGGAGGUUCACUUUGAGUUCUUCAUGCUUUGAAACAGUUUUUGAGGUUUUUCUGCACAGAACCACAGAGUCUGAACAUUCUACAGACGUUCUCAGAUGUCCAAUGUUUUACAGCUAUGAAGAUCUAGCAGUGCCGCUGGCAGAUGAAUUCAGCCUGUUCAACAUAUCACCGGUUAAUCUGUUCAGUUCUGAUAGUCUGAAAUAAUCCCAGUGACUCUUCGUGGUUCUCACAUCAGAAGGUUUCAGUGUUUCCCAUCAGACGUACUAGGAAACGACAGAAAAUCAACUGUUUGGAGGAUUUUUCACAUUUUGGACAUUAGGAGACUUGGCGGACGUCUUGCCAAUGAGGGAUUAAGACUGAAGAUCAGGAUUAAGAUUCCAGACGCUGCUGAUGUUGAAGACGGAUCGCUGUCGGGGGAAUCGAACGGCAUCCAGCCAGUCGUCCGCCGCUCCGCCUGCUGGUCCUGACCAGUGGAUUAGGAUUAUCUGAAGCUUUUAUUCUGAAGGUUCUGAUUUUGAUUCUUGUUUUCCUGCAUGUUCACAUUCAUUCAAAUUUCAGCUUUAUUCCAGAUUAUUUCACAACUUUAAUCUCUCUAUUUUAAUGUCAAGUUUGCAUCUUAAAUGACUUUUAAUUGUUUGUGUUUAAAAUUGAAAUCAGUGUUUUUGCUGUAAUGAGAUAUUCGGUUCUUAAUCUCCAGUUUUUAUCCAACAUUUAUUUCAAAAUUGUUGAUUGUUACGACCCGGCUCGCAAGGGAAAAGGGAUGCAACAUGUGAAAGAAACAGAAUAUUUAUUUGCUUCCUUAAAGUAAUGGUACAACAGAGUAACGGCCGUAACAUUGAUUACAAAUGUAAACAUUGAGUUUAAAACUGAACUUCUUUUAAUGAAUUGUUUUUUUGUUUUUUGUUUUUUAACAAAACUUGUUCUCCAUUUGAAAUAUCGUCUGUGGAUUUUGAUCUUAAUCUGGGAUUUUGAACGAAAGGUUCUUUGUGACUCCAGGUUGUAAAUCUGAGCCUCAACUUGUAAAAAAAAAAAAAAAAAGAUUUCUGAAGCAAUAAUCUGCAGCUUCCUGCUUCUUCUGGUACUUUACGUCAAGCUUUUGUCGCGCUGACGUUUUAAUCUGAAACUUUUUAAUGAAUCAAACGAGACCUUCUACAACUUUUCUUACAGCUUCCGUGUGUGUGUGUGUGUGUGUGUGUGUGUGUGUGUGUGUAUGUGUGCGUGCGUGUGUUGUUUGUGAGCCGGAGAACUGACAGAGGUUCUUCAUCUUGCUGGACUUCUGAGAUUCAGGAGUGUUCUCAAACAUUUCUCGGUUUUGGAAUUUGCAGCAGAGUUCCACGGAUCGAGAAUCAAGUUCUAAUAUGUAAAUUGAGAACGUUCAUCCGUUCUCUUCUGGAACUUACACAGGUUCUUGAAUAUGUGACAGUCUUCGAAUUUGAGGGUCUCCAGAUUUUCAGGGUUCUGGAACUCGCAUGCUAAUGCUGUCUGAUGCAGAGCGCCCCCCAGUGGAACCUUCAGGAACUUCACUUUUCGAGUUGUGUUUGUGAUUUCUGCACUUUGUUCUGCGACCGGAUUGAACCGUCCGGGUGGCCUCUUUCUGGCCCGCUGGAUUCAUGUUGGACACCCGCUGGACUCUUCUCACAACCACAGUUUUAGUUUUAUUCUCUGCUUCACUUUUGUUUUUGUGCUUCGGGGGAACAAACUUAUGCAAUGAGAACAUGCGCACACACACACACACACACACACACACACACACACACACACUGCUGCGUGGGACUGUUACAUUCUGCGGCGGUCUCUCGGCUGCUGAUCGUCUCGGUGCGACCUGACCGUCGGUUCUUUUGCAGGUUAUUGUUUCG